GGCCAGUCUAACCCUCAAGAGCCAGCUCUGGCUUCGGUGACAUGUAGUCACCAUUUAGGGUUUUAAGUUUCCCUUUAGUCUCCUUCAUAAAUCUAUCUAUGCCCAACUAAAAUCCGUGAUGAUGAUGAUGUAUGUAAAAUUACGAUGGACGGCCCGUGGACGACGUGUAUGCUCUCGUUGAAAACAUGCCCUAUUAGUCUUAAUCCAUCCGCUCUCGUCGUUCAAAGUGGUACAGCAGACGCCCUGUUCUUGUUUGACGAUUCUGAGCCUUUUUCGCACCCCUUCAUUCCAACAUGUGAGGGUAAUGCGAGAAGCGAAAGAUGCCCUUCUUUUCUGUUUCCAUACAUUUGUUUACAUUGAUACCGAGUUACCUCCAACACGAACCCCAGUCACCCCAUCCGUCCCCAUCGUCGAACCUGAAUACACGAAAAGUCCAUAUCCCGCAAUCCAUUCGAUGCCAAUGUCGAGUCUACUCUACGGAGUGUGGGAGCUUGGGAGAACCCAUGCAUGAUUACUCUUUUUGACUUUAUUUUACUGCGCGGACUUAAGGAUUCAAUCCGAGGGACUAGGAUCCAAGAGUCUAGGACUUUAUCAACAAGGGGACGCAGCUUCUUUUCCACCGGACCACCUCACAUAAUCAAAAAAAAUAUCACCCGCCGUUUCGGUCGACGGGUAUAAGGUUUCCUUCCAGGUCCGCCAUUAGACUAUUAGAUAUCAAAAGGCGCCUAGCACUUGGGGUUCCCAUUUUUAAUUAUUUUCAUAUAAUUAACGGUCGACCUUUCCAAGUGAUACAUAGUUUAUUACUAUUACGCAUAUUCCCACCACUGCAUGUCUACUCAACCUUACAAAUCUUUAACUUCAACCUUACCUAGUACUCAGUAGCAUCUCGUUAGUUUCUAUACGCUCAUAAAAGGUUUCCACAGCUUUUCUUCUGGAAACAUUUCUAUCACUCCAAAACUCUUAUUGAUGAUCACUCAACUUGGAACUCCAAUUCCAAGAUGACUAAUACCGACGAAACAAAUCACCCGAAAGGCUCAAAACAUGUGGCACGAAAGCGCAAGAGAGACAGUAAGUCAACUGGGCAAUUAGUUCCCACAUCUCCCAAUGAAGCUGGCAAACGACAUAAACGAGCCACGAGAGCUUGUGAGCGUUGUCGCAAUAAAAAGAUAAAAUGCGAUAUUGAACGUGAUAUUGCUUGCAAUGCGUGUGUCGAUGCCAAUGUGAUAUGCGAGUCAGGCAAUGGAAAGCACACGGAAAUCAAAAAGUAUCCUCCAGGAUACACUGAGUGCCUAGAACAUAGUAACCAAGCCAUGAUACUUGUUACCGACAAGCUCUGGCGCAUGGUAAAGAAUAGAGAGGAAUGGACUUUUGCAGAGCCCAGGAUGAAGGAUGGAGGGAAAGGACCUGUUGUCAUACAUGAUAUAGCUCAGGCACUUGGAUGUAUACGCAAUGCACCAGGACUUCCAGAAAACUUCAUUGAGGACGCUCCAGCUCUCCUGGCUCGAUUAUCAGCAGAAUCAUUAGCAGAAGAAAGGUCGCAACUUGAGCAGGGAAUCCAAACUGAAGCCGCUAGGUCUAGCGAAGAAGCAGCUUCACCAGAAUCUAUCGAAGAAGAAACUUCCCCAGAAACUCCAACAACAUUCUCCAAAUGGCUACCUUCACUACCGCUUUAUCAGUCCGACCCAUUUGCUCCAUUACCCGAGACAGCGCAUCGUAGUUUGGAUGAGCCUUCUACUCAGCCCCACCAGCAAGCAAUAAUCCAAGAUCAAAAAUUAGACACCUCUAGAAUGUCACAUGGACCCACGAUUAAGUCAGCAAAUGCGAGCCAAUUUUCAAACGUCAACGUGCUUGUAGGAAACAUGAUGAGUAAUUCACCAAACUUUCCGGCGAGGGAAUCAUUCAGCAACCGAAACACCGCGGCUGUGGAUUUCCGUCGAGCACCUGGAUUAAAGAUACAACCACAGCCUUAUAAUUCUCAAGAACAGCCAGCGUUGUCUGCCUCGUCUACAGUAUCAUCGUUCUCAACUACACAUCACACAAACUCGCCAUUACAGUCUACCAACUCAACGUUCUCACCUGUUUACCAGGCAAGCACACCAUUAUCAUAUUCGGAACAUUCUAAUCAGUAUCACGCUUCGUCAUCUUCAUCACCAUAUCUUUCUCACUUACAAAAGGAUCCAUGUCUCUCCCCUAGUCCGGCUUUGGACGACUUUUCAAACCCACAAUUCUACGACCCCGACAUGUUAUUAUUCAAUACCCAAGCUACCAGCAACUCUUUCGACGAAGCAUCUUAUUUGACGUCGAACGAUCUCAUCUUUGGCUCGGGCUUCGAUGAACCAGUAGGGGAUUUUUCGUCUGUAGAUGAAUCUUACCGACAGGAUUUGUCAAAUUACUAAAACGAUACGCCUCUUUUCAAGGCAGAACGGUUUGCAAUUUACAAUGUAAUUGUUUUGGGGGGGUUUCCUGGUAAUCACCAGUAUCUACUGUAUUCACAAUGGGAACGGUUUCAUUCUCACUUUACUAUGAUCCGAGGGAGAAGGUUUAACAAGGUCACGAUUCAUUGAUUCAGGAGUUAUAGGAACAGGGAUAUAUAUACCAGGGCGUUAUUCAUGGGUUGAAUAUGUGGAAUUCAGGGUUGACUUGGCAAUGAUAGACGACAUGUACAUUUUAGAGUUGCAAUAAAGCGACCAUGUGGACUUGGAUACUUAAUCAAAUAGAUUAGUGUAGUUCUCUUAUGUUUCACCGAAGAAGAAUAGUCAGCCAGGACUCUUUUAGGUCCUGGGAGCAACAAUUUCAAUGCUCUUUCUUAGAGUCGGGAGAAACUUAACUCGGCGUCUAUCUAAUAGAUGAUCCUUCAUCCUCUCUAUCUCUUGAUGGUAAUGUCUUAAAGUCCAAAAACGUGAUGUGAGUUGUUGGCCUCUCCAACACAGAAUUCGGGGAAACAAAGCGGGGCUGCGUUCAGUCAGUCGGGUCUUUACUAUAUCCCAGGAUAUCGAUAUCGAUACCAAUGCCUAUCUCAAAGAUCGAAGGACCUAGUUCACUGUUUACAGAAAGGAGUAGCUAAUUGUAAGGAUAAAAGCUCCUCAACUCCUACCUCGAAAGAGGGAAUAGACGGUAUUUCGUAGAUGCACGAUGAAAGUUUGUUUGCACA